UCAAUUAGAUUACAAAUUUGACCACAUUCAGUAUAAUGUAAAUUUUACAAAAAUUACAAAAUUAAACAUCGAAAUUCUGUGAUAAAUAUUAAACUAUAAUAAUGGUAUCUAACGUUACAAUUUUAUUCGUUAUAAUUGUAAUCAUAUGUUUAAUAAAAUAUUUUUGGGCAAAUCGAUUACAUUGGGAUUAUCGUAUUUAUCAGUGUGUUAAACAUAUACCUGGACCAUAUAAUAUUCCAUUAUUGGGAUGUUCGUUACCGUUUAUUGGAACUUUAGAACAUUUAUGGGAUGAAUUACGAAGAACCGCCAAAAGAUUUCCAGACAUUUACAAAAUGUGGGGUGGAAAUCGUUGUGGAAUAUUUUUAUUGAAUGCGGAUGAUAUUGAAAUGGUUCUUUUGAGUACAAAAAGUUUGGCGAAAAAUGAUGCUUAUGAAUCUAUUCGAGAUUGGCUUGGUGAUGGAUUAUUGAUAAGUGGUGGUAGUAAAUGGAAAUCGCGUAGGAAGAUAUUAACGCCAGCGUUUCACUUUAAUAUACUAAAUCAAUUUGUGAAUGUCUUCGAGAGUAAUAGUGAAAAAUCAACAAAUUUUAUUAAAAAUAAUUGCGCCAAGGAUUUGAAUGCAAACGAUCUUGCAGUUGAACACAGUUUGUAUUCGUUAUGUGAAACUACAAUGGGUAUUUCCAUCGAUAUGGAAAAUCCUGAUAUUAAGCAAUAUAAGUAUGCCUUACAUAACUUUGGCACAACUUUUUAUAAUCGUAUAACCCGACCUUGGUUAUAUCCCGAUAUAUUUUUCAACUUAUCCGAAAUAAAACGAAAUCAGGAUAGAUUAAUAAAAGCAAUGCAUAAAUUUACGUUGAACGUAAUUGAGGAGCGCUUACAAAAUUGGAGUUUAGAAGGUAAACAACCUUUAUAUUCAGCGUCUGGUAAACAAAUAUUACCAAUGAUGGAUUUAUUAAUUGGGGAAAUGAAACGAGGGGGUGAUAUUGAUUAUGAAGGGAUACGAGAAGAAGUUGAUACAUUCAUGUUUGAGGGACAUGAUACCACUUCCACAGGAUUAACUUUUUUGUUAAUGUUAUUAGCAAAUCAUCCAGAAAUACAGAAUCGAAUUUAUGAAGAACAAUUAACGAUUUUUAACGAUUCAAAGCGUAAAGCCACUUAUGAUGAUUUACAAAAUAUGGAAUACUUGGAACGUUGUGUAAAAGAAUCUUUACGAUUAUAUCCACCAGUUCCAAUAAUUGGACGUACUUUAGAUGAAGAUAUUGUACUCAAAAGCGGAUAUGUUAUGCCAUCUGGAAUUUUUGUAAAUAUGAUGAUCUACGACUUACAUCGUAAUCCAAAAUAUUGGCCAGAUCCGCAUAAAUUUGAUCCAGACCGAUUUUUACCCGAUAAUUGUGUGAAUCGCCAUCCAUUUGCAUAUGUUCCAUUCAGCGCUGGUUCCAGAAACUGUAUAGGACAACGUUUUGCAAUGUUAGAAAUUAAAUCAUUUACAUCGAAAUUGAUUAGAGAGUUUAUUUUGGAGCCAGUUGAUACACCUGAUACAAUUAUAAUGCAGGCUGAUUUAGUAUUACGUACGAAAUAUCCGAUUAAAGUUAAAUUUCGUAGACGGAAUUUAUCAAUCAAAGCAGUUAUGGCAUCAAAUGUGACAAUCUUUUUUGUUAUAAUUUUAAUAUUAUUUAUUAUAAAAUAUUUGUGGUCACAUCGUUUGCAUUGGAACCUUCGUAUAAUUAAACAUGUUAAACAUUUCCCUGGACCACCGUGUAUUCCCGUUUUAGGAUGUACGAUACCCCUGCUUGGACCAUUAGACCAUAUAUGGAAUGAAUUUCGCAAAAUGGCUAAAACAUAUCCAGAAAUGUAUAGAUUGUGGGGUGGAAAUCGGUGUGGUAUUUUCUUACUGGAACCGGAUGAUAGUGAAAUUCUACUUUUAAGUACAAGGAAUUUAGCAAAAAGUGAAGGCUAUCAGUAUAUGCAUGAUUGGCUUGGAAAUGGUUUAUUACUUAGUUCUGGUAGUAAGUGGAAAGUUCGUAGGAAAAUUUUAACAUCAGCUUUUCAUUUUAACAUUUUAAAUGAAUUUGUGAACGUUUUUGAAGACAAUAGUGAAAAAUCAGCGAAUUAUAUUAAAAAUAAUUGCAAUAAGGAUUUGGAUGCAAAUGAAAUUGCAGUUGACCAUACUAUGCAUUCUUUAUGUGAAACUACAAUGGGAAUUUCGGUAAAUAUGGAAGAUCCAGAUAUUAAGCAGUAUAAGGAUGCUUUACACAAUUUUGGUUCAGUAUUUUUUAGUCGUCUUAUGCGACCUUGGUUAACUGCAGAUUUUAUUUACAAUUUAUCCGAAAUAAAACGAAAUCAAGAUAGAUUAAUAAAAGCAAUGCAUAAAUUUACGUUGAGCGUCAUUGAGGGACGCUUAUUAAAUUGGAGUUUAGAAGGUAAACAGCCUUUAUAUUCAGCUUCUGGCAAACAAAUUUUACCAAUGAUGGAUUUAUUAAUUGGGGAAAUGAAACGAGGUGGUGGUAUUGAUUAUGAAGGGAUACGAGAAGAAGUUGAUACAUUCAUGUUUGAGGGACAUGAUACCACUUCCGCAGGGUUGACAUUUUUGUUAAUGUUGUUAGCAAACCAUCCAGAAAUACAGAAUCGAAUUUAUGAAGAACAAUUAAAGAUUUUUAACGAUUCAAAGCGUAAAGCCACUUAUGAUGAUUUACAAAAUAUGGAAUAUUUGGAGCGUUGUAUAAAAGAAUCUUUACGAUUAUAUCCACCAGUUCCAAUUAUUGGACGUACUUUAGAUGAAGAUAUUGUGCUCAAAAAUAAAUUGGUAAUGCCAUCUGGCAUAUUUGCAAAUAUAAUGAUUUAUGAUUUACAUCGAAAUCCAAAAUUUUGGCCAAAUCCAAAUAAGUUUGAUCCAGAUCGAUUUUUACCAGAAAAUUGUAAGAAUCGUCAUCCAUUUGCAUUUAUUCCAUUUAGUGCUGGUUCCAGAAAUUGUAUUGGACAACGUUUUGCAAUGUUAGAAAUGAAAUCAUUUACAUCGAAAAUAAUUCGAGAGUUUAUUUUGGAACCAGUCGAUACACCUGACACAAUUAUAAUGAUUGUUGAUUUAGUUUUACGUACGAAAAAACCAGUGAAAGUUAAGUUUCGUAGACGAAUUUAGUUUUAAAAAUAAAUAAAUAU